AUGUCAUCUGGUCAACAAGGUUAUGAAGUCUCGGCCUUAUGCAAGAUUAACCGGGAAAUGAAAAAGAUGCAUUUGGGACAUCCAUCUCAUGUACUCGCUCUAAUGAAAUAA